AGAAGCGUGCGGACACGGAAAGCCCCCUCCUGAAUUCGGGGCAGUGUGUAAGUCAAUGCGAGGGGUUUCUUGGCAUGGCAUGGGUUUAAGCAGCUUACCGCUGUCGCGACUUAUCCAGCGACCACAGUCGGACUCCUUCGUCACUGGACGGCGGAUCACCUAACUAUUUAUGUAUAUAUUUCGUCAAAUUUUCGCGUAGUUUCGCAAAUUAAUACAAACAAAAAUUUUUGUUUCUCAAGUUCACAAAAAUUAUGUUUUUCUAAUUAAAAAUAAACUUUUUCUAAUCAAAACAUAGUUUUAAAAAAAAGUUUUCAAAAGACAAGUUUAAAAAACCGGAAGAAAAUCAAGUUUAGAAAAUCAAGUUUUUCUAAAUAAAACCAAGUUUUUUCAAUUAAUGAAAACAGUUUCUUCAAUUAAAAAAACGGUUUUCUUCAAUUAAUAAUAAUAAAAAAAAGGAAACUUUAAAUUCACAAUGAAAAAAUUUCCAACAGUCAAAAUGUUUAUUAUUCUAGUCCUGUGUUUAGUUUUAAAUGCACAAAUUUGCCGGGCAUUUGGCGCUGGUUAUCUACCAAUGAGAUUCACCAUGGGGAGUCCCCGACCCUACAGAUCCGAAAAGCCAACCAAAGCGGAAGAAUUCAAUCGUACCGGUGUUCUACUUCCGGAAUAUCAAUUACCAGCGACACUGAAUCCCCACAACGUGUCUCAAUUCCUCUAUCUGAGUCCAAGGGAAGGGCCUCCUUUGACCUUGCUUGUCACUCCUUGCAGUGGGCCUAUAUCCUGGACAGUGAGUUAUGUUGGCCCCCCUGAAGAAGAUCAACAAACCGAAGGGUCGAAAUUGGUCCAGACGAGAUGGCCAGUGAAAACAUUGAUACAGGGUUCGCCAUUAUUCACCUAUAAAGGCCCGGAAGCGCAGAAUUUUUCAAUUCCAAGAGUGCGAGCAGGUCUUUACCGGUUCGAGAUCAAAUCCCUCGAGUCCCCAUACCCAAAGAGUGAGUCUCCAAACACGGUUCUUCUCUUUGCAACAUCCAAUGCCCUGGAUCAUCUUCCAGGCUCGUUUGAGAACUUUAAAGGAAAACGCAAUUAUUCUCUUCGAUUCCAACAACGCAGAAGAAAACGUCGUCUCACGGUUUCUUGGAGCAAGAGCCAAGAUUCCCAUUUGUCGAGUUAUUGUUUAGUGGUAACAUCAGGAGCACAAUAUCACCCUUCAACAUUAUGUGCGGCGAAAAAUUUUUUACAAAAUCGUCCCCGCGUCACGAGAGGAAGUUCUUUUCAAGAACAGCAAUAUAGAGGUGUACCGGAAGGCUUGCAUUGCGUACGUCAAACGAAACUGACACUUCACGGAAUGAAAUACAACACUAAUUACAACUUUACACUAUAUGUGGUGAAUAUGAGAAAUAAUGUUUCAAAUUUGGUGGCCUCGGAUAUGUUGAAAUUUCGCAAAACACCAACGCAAACUUUACUCAAUGGACGAUAUACAACUGUGGACUUGAAGAAAAGUGACGGAUUAAUUAAUUUUCAAUAUAUGCCGCUGGGAAAUGCUACAACAAUGUUUCACAUUUUGCCAUGUGGUGGUGGGAUUGUUACAGCAAAAUUAAGAGCCAAUGGCAUUGUUCCACAGGUCGCAGAAGUAAUUGGGCACGCUGCAAUAAAAGCACCACCAUUGACACCAGGAAAACAAUAUACUCUAAGAGUUUCUUCAACUCCACACGAAAAAAUAUCGCUAAUAAAAGUUCUUGCGACCGAUGAAGGCUCCAUUCCAUAUCCAGAGCUAUCAUCAAAAAGUGUACCAUGGGAAUUUCGAUCAAUGAGAAAAUGUCAUCAAGUGACAGUUGGCGUUGAACCAGCGGGAGCAGCGAAAUAUUGCGUCCUAGUACGUGAGGCACACGGACCAAUUGGAAUAUCGAGUGUUACAUUUCCCGAUCAAUGUGGUUUAAAUCGAAGGAAACGAUCGGAAUAUGCAUACGAAGAGUGCGAGGAAAAAAACACUAUCUCCAAAGAAAGGGCUUUGCCAUUCACCGUGAGAAAACUUGAACCAGGAAAGGAAUAUCUAGUUCAAAUUACAGCUGAACUCAAAGGGCAGUACCUAUCAUAUCCCCUUCUUGGCGUCCGAACAAAACGCUCCUGUUUGCCAUGAAAGCAAUUUUCAACAAAAAAAAUUAACUAAACCGACUGCUUUUUUUAUUCGAAUUCUAAUUAUCAUAUAAACGAAUUCUACACUCAGAACGAAACUAAUCUCACAAUAAGAGGAAAACUUCUCCGAUAUAGUAAAAUUUACCUUCUCGCAGUAAUCAAAUAUUUUCCCCUUUUUUAAAAUUUUCGACAAAAAAAUCCAAUCAAAAUGUUGCUUCGCAACAUUUUUUUAAUCGUUUUUUAUCUCAAUUUGCAACUGACAAAAAAUUUACUUUGAAG